UCCUUUUUUUGAGUGUUCUUUGAGGAAUUCAAGGUAGUUGUAAGUUUGGACUUGCCAAAAAAGAGUGAACAAAGAGAUGAUGAUGGGUCACUCUUAUCAACUUUAACCUUCAAAUCUCUAAAAUCUUUUUGAGAGUUUGAAAUCUCGUAGUAGUAGUAGUAUAAUUCUUGAGUUUUGUGCCACCACUUAGCUAGCUAGAUCUUAACACUUUUUAUUUUUCUCUUCUUGUUUUGUUUCUUCACAAUCUUGAAAAUCUUGAAUCAACCAUUAUUCUUGCUUUUUGCUUGCUACAUCAAUGCCAAGAAACAUGAUCGUGUGUAUUUUGCCUCAUAAAUAUUCUAGAAUCUCUCAUUGAAACUCCAAAUCUUUCAAAUCUUUGAAAAUCCCUGGAAAACAUUUUUUGAUGCUAGUGAUUAUCUUGUUCCAAUCUUGAGAAUGCUACUAUUGGGUUAUUAGUGAUAAUUUUUAAAGGCAUUUUGCUGAACUGUUGGGAUUGUGAUAUAAUUUUAUGGAGGCAAAAGGCAGAGAGCAGCAGCACUGCAAGGUAAGAAAGAGAGGGAAUUCAUCAUCUUCAUCAUCUUCUUUAGUCCAAAAAUACAGAUUCAAGAGAGCAAUUCUUGUUGGAAAAAGAGGUGGGUCUACGACUCCUGUCCCAACCUGGAUGACAAGCUCAAAAUCUCCAACCUUGGCAAUGCUGAAUGCUGAGUCCACCAAGUGCACACCACCUCAAAAUGGAAGCAAAGCAAAAGAAGUCUCAGUUUCUGCAAGAAAAUUAGCUGCCACUUUGUGGGAAAUCAAUGGAAUGCCUUCUCCAAGAGUUAAGAAGAAUCUGGAAGACAAGAAUGAGUUUAGAAGCAGAGAAAAAGUUACGAGGUUGCCUCAUUUAUCAGAUCCAUCUUAUACUCCUUUUUCAGAGAGGAUGGAGAAAUCUAGAGGCCAUAGUCAUAGGACAAGAACAUCAGCUGUUGCAAAAAGACUUCAGCUUACUGAUUAUCAUCUUGGAGGUUUGGAUUCUGCUAGCAGUGACAGUUUGAUGGAGGUGAUUGAAAGUCAUCCGAAAGGCAAAUCUCGCACAAUUGGAUUUAAAACCUGUUUGAAGGAUGUUAGUGAUGGGAUAACCACUUCCAAAGAACUUUUGAAAGUUUUGAAUCAUGUUUGCGGCCUUGACGAGAAGCACCCAUCAGGCUUAUCUCUUGUCUCCGCCCUUCGGAUUGAGCUUAAUCGAGCCUGCAUUUUGGUCAAUCUAUUGAUCGAAGAACAUCGAUCAAACCACAAUGAGAUUGAGUACCUUAUUAAGCAUUUUGAGGAAGAGAAAGCAGCUUGGAAGAGCAAAGAGCGAGAUAGGAUUCGCAAUGCAAUAGCAUGCAUUGCGGAAGAGCUUGAAGUUGAGAGGAAACUACGAAGGCAAACAGAGAGAUUGAAUAAGAAGCUUGGGAAAGAAUUGGCAGAUACAAAGGUAUCUCUAUCAAAAGCAGUGAAAGAGCUUGAGAGUGAGAAGAGGGCGAAAGAAAUAUUGGAGCAAGUUUGUGAUGAGUUGGCUAGAGGUAUUGAAGAAGACAGAGCUGCGGUGGAAGAAAUGAAAAAAGAAUCUGCAAAGGUGAGGGAGGAGGUGGAGAAGGAAAGGGAAAUGCUUCAGCUUGCUGAUGUAUUGCGUGAAGAAAGAGUCCAGAUGAAGCUUUGUGAGGCCAAGUAUCAUUUUGAGGAGAAAAAUGCAGCUGUGGAGAGGUUAAGAAAUGAGCUUGAGACCUACUUGAAAGAAAAGGCAGGUGCAGAAAACGGUGAUGGUUCUCCAAAUUAUGACAGGAUUAAAGAGCUUGAGGCUUAUUUAAAGGAAAUCCAAUUCGGAACAUGUCAACAGGAUGAGAGGGAAGAAAAUGAAGGGGGUGCAAUAGGAAACGGAGAAGUUCAUGAUGGAGAUGAUUCAGCUGACAGUGAUCUUCAUUCCAUUGAAUUAAACAUGGACAAUAACAGCAGAAGCUACAAAUGGUGUUAUGUUUCUGAAGGUGAUGCUCCAGACAAUCCAAAGUGGUUUUCAGGAGGUAAAGAUUUCAAGGGAAGGAAGUCAAUCUCCGAUAAUAUUCAAUGGGGAAACAUCUGUUUGCAAACAAGAAAUUCCAAUGGUAUUGAUGGUCCUGAUUGUGACUUAAUCAAUGAAAAUCAGGGAAGUCUGAAUAUGCUCUAUAGGGAAAGGUUAUCUGAUCUUAGCCUCCAUUAUCCAGUACAAGAUCACGAAAAUGAAAUCAAGAAAUAUAAAAUAUGUCAAGACUCUUAAAGACCAUUUAUUAUUUGGUUCUAAAAGAUCAUCGACACAGAACUUUUCCAGUCCGACUCCCGUGUGGUGGAAAUCCUUGCCUCUUCAGGAGGCUGGCAGUGUAGUUUCAGAUGAUAGUUCACCUGUGAUACAAGAGGAUAAUUUGAAGCCCAGGAUAGCAUGAAUCAGACGUGAUCGUUGAAUUUCAACAAGCUCCAGACAUUAAACUAGUUCUAAAUUAUGUUUUCUUUUUUCUUUUCCCUGCAGAAAAGCAAUGCUUGCACUUUCUUGUUCAAGCCUUCCCACUGUCAAAUUCAUUUGCAUCAGUCAACUUCUAAAAGCGAAAAUGUAAAUACAAAUCAUUUACAAGCUAUAUGGAUCUGAGAUUACUUGUCAACCAAUACUUAAGUUU